GGCUUUCUCUUACCUACAAUACAGACACUAUUCCGAUGAUGCUGGGAUGGCUAGAUGUUGAUGUCUCGUCUACCUGACAACCCUAAGGUUAACAAGACGGACAGACACUUCCAGUGGACUAGGGUCACCCUGCAUCCGUACACUGUCACCGUGGGAUACAGAGUUGUCUGCCCCUGUCUAGAGCCGGCGUGCGACCCCGCCUUCAGCAGGCUGUAUGUAAACCUUGAGUUUCGAGAAGCCCAGUGACGCGAACAAGCCAUCAUGAAUGCACUCCUGUUAGCUGUCGCCGUGUGGUGCCUGGUGUCUGUGGAGAGUCAGCGGAUUCGACCCCGGUCUCUGUGUGUGGGCAACCAGAUCUACCCCAGCAGUGGCUCCUGCAGCAAGACCUACUACCGCUGCGACGGCAACAUGACCAUCAGCGGCUACUGCCCCGAGGACAUGUACAUGGGUCCCAACAACACGUGCGAACCCAGGAGUGAAUGCGGAUCUCCCACUGUUUCUAGGAGAGGGCGACGGAAGAGACAGUCGGGGUCAGGAUCCUCCGGCAGGUGCAAUCAGAAGUUCGACUGCCCCUCCAACCUCGUGUUCUACAUCUACCCCGACUGGGACGACUGUACCAGGUUCUACACGUGUAGAGAGGGCGUGGUCGAGACUGUCAGCUGCAGCAAUUUCAACUUCCAGUACUACAAUCCCAACCUCUUCAGCUGUGAGGUCGACCUCAGCCUCGGCCCCUUCACGCCCCAGAACAAUGUCUGCAUUAACAGAGCUGUCCAGUUCGGGAAGUAGAAGCAACGUUGAAGACGGCGGGUAUAUCUUCAUUGCCAAGUUUCUAUAGAAAUCGAUCUAAAGGAUAUUCUAAUUCCAAAAGAACUAUACCUUCAAGAAAAAUGAUAAUCACCAGUUUUGGUUCUGUAUAUAUUGCCAUGGAGUCUAUCUUAUAAAGUCUUCUUGGUGUAACAGCAAACCCUACCAUCAACGAUAAUGGCUCAAGGUGCUGUACGUGUUUAUUGUGUUUUUGUUUCGUUCACAAAGACAGUACUUAAUUUCUUUAGUGGCAUUACAAACUGUCGGCAAUGUUUCCUAUUUAUCUGCAGCUGAGGGAAUUGUUUUACUAAACAUUUUGCAAUAAACCAUUUCGAUUCUA